UGUUCAGUAUAUAUCGCGAGAACUCGGUCGUUCCAAACGUCAGAAGAAGACCUUCAACAUAAAUCUGUCCCUGCUUCUGCUAAAAGCAACAUUAGGAGUUCAACAUGAACAGAGCCUUAAAUAAAACGACUCUGAAGAAUCUGACUGGGCUCAUCCAGAGGUUUCAGAGCACCUUGGUUGUGGCUGAACACAACAAUGAGAAAUUGACCCCUAUUACGCUCAACGCCAUCACGGCUGCCAGUAAACUGGGUGGAGAUGUCUCUUGUUUGGUUGUUGGAACAAACUGUGCAAAGGUUGUGGAGGAAAUUACCAAAGUACAGGGUGUGAAGAAGGUUCUUGUGGCUCAACAUGAAGCAUACAAAGGGGCUUUGCCAGAGGAGCUGACUCCACUUAUCCUGGAAACACAGAAGCAGUUCAACUUUAGUCACAUCUGUGCCGGUGCAUCAGCUUUUGGGAAGAACCUGCUUCCCAGAGUUGCUGCCAAGUUGGAUGUUGCUCCAGUUUCAGAUAUCAUUGAGAUCAAAUCUCCAGAUACAUUUGUCAGGACCAUCUAUGCAGGAAAUGCCCUCAGCACUGUAAAAUGUAAUGAGCCAAUUAAGAUCUUCACUGUCAGAGGAACAGCUUUUGAGGCAGCUCCGUCAGAGGGAGGAAGUGCUGCAUCAGAAGAAGUGGCUCCGGCUCCUCCCACUGGAAUUUCUGAGUGGAUUGAACAGAAUCUGACAAAGAGUGACCGCCCAGAGCUGACGAGUGCAAAGGUCGUAGUAUCAGGAGGAAGAGGCUUGAAGAGUGGAGAUAACUUCAAACUCCUUUAUGACCUUGCUGACAAAUUGAAUGCUGCAGUUGGUGCAUCUAGAGCUGCAGUGGAUGCUGGGUUUGUUCCUAAUGACAUGCAGGUUGGACAGACUGGCAAGAUUGUAGCACCGGAGUUGUACAUUGCAGUUGGUAUCUCUGGAGCCAUCCAACACCUCGCUGGAAUGAAGGAUAGCAAGACUAUUGUUGCUAUUAACAAGGACCCAGAGGCUCCCAUUUUCCAGGUGGCUGACUACGGCUUGGUAGCUGAUCUUUUUAAGGCUGUUCCUGAGAUGACAGAAGCGCUGAGCAAGUGAGAAGAAACACACUUCCACCAUCCUGUCUUCAUACAGCUGGGAUGUGCACCUAAAAAUAAGAGAGUGACCACACAAAACACAGCGACCGCCUUAACUAAUUUUUAAAGCUGCGUGUUUGCGUGCAGAUAUUGUUGUCAACAACCCUCUCUGCAAUUGGAACCAAGAAAUAAAUGCCAGUUUUAAAUGUACUCUGCAGUAUGAAAUUUCUAAAGACUAAGCUGUGCUUGCCUCUGGAAGGAAGUUUUUUCCAUCUUCCAAUAGUAAAUAUAAUUUGUGUUCUUUUGGGAUGCUUAACUAAUGUAGCUGAUUGUAAGGUAAAACUGUUCAUGUUAACUCAAAAUAAAUUUACUUUGAGAUACAA